CAAGGGGCAAUAGAUGCUUGAUCAGUUGGAGAGUCCGCCUGUUCGCGCAGUGUGCCGCCCCCAUGAACUUCAGGAGAUGGGAACCCCGCUGCAAACCUAAGCUGCUUCAAACCGCCUCUGUCUCCGGCCAUCGUCUCUCUCGCCUCUUGUUUUUUAGAGGGGUCGUUAAGGAAUUAAUGAUCCGAAGGAACCACCGUACUUCUCCAUAAGUUCAUUCGGCGUUUUCAGUACAUGCUUUACACCUGGACUUCCAUUGCAUGGGGAGAGCUCGCACUUUCAUUUGUCAUAUUUACUUUUAUCGAGGAUACUACCUGUACCCCUACUAAUGGAACAGGGUCACUCCAACGCUCUCAAGCAGCCCCCCAGCAACACGUAACAUUUCCUUGAGGAACGCGACCAUUGCCGGCUCCCAACAAACAUGGACUGUUUUCCCAUGCUUUAUUUUCUGUCGAGACAUCAUGAUUCCUGGUAAUCGAAUGCUGAUGGUCAUUUUAUUAUGCCAAGUCCUGCUGGGAGAGAGCAACCAUGCUAGUCUGAUACCUGAGGAAGGGAAGAAGAAAGCCCCGGGCCUGCAGAGUCGGACGGCUGGUCAGAGCCAUGAACUGCUGCGGGACUUUGAGGCCACGCUGCUGCACAUGUUUGGGCUGCAGAGGCGACCGCGGCCCAGCCGCUUGGCCACCGUGCCACGCUAUCUGCUGGACCUCUACCGGCUGCAGUCGGGCGAGGCUGAGGAGGCCGGCGCCCACGACACCACCUUUGAGUACCCCGAGAGGUCGGCUAGCCGCGCCAACACUGUGAGGGGCUUCCACCACGAAGAGCACAUGGAGCCGGUUCAUCCGGGCGAGCCUCAGACGAAGAACGGAGAGGCCAUCCCGCUGCGCUUCCUCUUCAACCUCAGCAACAUCCCAGAGGACGAGUUGCUCUCAUCGGCCGAGCUGCGUCUGUUCCGGCAGCAGAUCGACGAGGCCAUUACGGAAAGCGAGGGAGACAAGGAUGGGCUCCACCGGAUAAAUGUGUAUGAGGUGCUGAAGCCCCCGCGGGCCGGGCAGCUAAUCACACGGCUUUUGGACACGCGGCUUGUGCGCCAUAACGCCUCGCGCUGGGAGAGCUUUGACGUGAGCCCCGCCGUGCUGCGCUGGACACAGGAGCGCCUGCCCAACCACGGGCUGGCCGUGGAGGUCCAGCACCUCAACAAGACACCGCGCCACCAGGGCCGCCACGUGCGCAUCAGCCGCUCGCUGCACCAGGAGCCCGGCGAGGACUGGGAGCAGCUACGCCCCCUGCUGGUCACCUUCGGCCACGAUGGCAAGGGCCACCCGUUGACGCGCCGGGCCAAGCGCAGCCCAAAGCAGCGGGGGCGUAAGCGCAACCGCAACUGCCGCCGUCACGCUCUUUACGUGGACUUCAGCGAUGUAGGCUGGAAUGACUGGAUAGUGGCACCCCCAGGGUACCAGGCUUACUACUGCCAUGGGGAGUGCCCCUUCCCCCUGGCGGACCACCUGAACUCUACCAACCACGCGAUUGUGCAGACGUUGGUGAACUCGGUGAACACCAACAUUCCCAAGGCCUGCUGUGUGCCCACGGAGCUCAGUGCCAUCUCCAUGCUCUAUCUGGAUGAACACGACAAGGUGGUCUUAAAAAACUACCAGGAAAUGGUAGUGGAAGGGUGCGGCUGCCGCUAACACUGACUAUGGGCAACUUGAGGCAGGCAGCACAGACGCUAAGAAAAUUCUUAAGGCCCCACCUUACUCCCCAAAUUCACUUGGACCCUUAUUUAUAACUUUUAUGUUGAGACGUAUGUUCGUCAUUUUAUUUUAUUUUUUUGACAAUAUGAUCAUAUAUUUUGACUAUAUAUAUUUUGACUAUAUAUAUAU